UGGUGAAACAAAGGGUGGUCUCGUUACAAAGUCGUAUUUAUUGGGGGAAAAACCGGUUCCAAUAAAGAGAUCAAGGGGGACUGAGGCCACAGUCUUGAAAAGCACUGACAUGUAAGCACAACCAAAGAACACCCAGAAGAAGAGGAGCCCAGAUAGGCACGAAAAAGCGAGUCUUUAGGAGUCAGAAAGCCAGGAAGUCCGGCGAGUUCGAGAGAAAUGUUCUGCAAAGAUAGAUUAGUCAUCCAGCAGCCGACCUUCAUUCAUUCCGAGACAACCAAGGCCCACCACAGAAUCUCCUUGUUUUUCCAGCCAGGCAAGCGACCGGAAAAGAGCCUAGGAUGGGAAACCGUCGGCUCCACCGCCGGAAACGAAUGACCAGGGCUUCCAGCCAGAGGCUUUACCUCCGCCCGGAGUCAGUGAGCAUGCGUAGCUCCUGGACACGGCCCCUCCCAGCGCUGGUGCUCCCCAGUCAUGGAGCAUGCGCAGACUUCCCGCCGUCCCGCCCCUGCUUUUCCAGAGACCCCGGUUCCUUAGAAACCAGGCGGCGCGUUCCCCGUGGCGGCGCGCUAGAUUCCGGGGCCCGAGCGUCCCUGCAAGCCUCCCUCACGCAGCACCAGUGGCUGCCGAGACCCGUCCGGGCCCAUGGUCUCCAGGGCGGCGCAGGGCGGGGGAUGCCAGCGUGCCAGGAGCCAUGUGUGACCGAGACUGCGAGAUAGUCGUGCUCAUGCCGGAGACUCUGGUGAGGAGAUGAGCUGGUGAACGGAGAAGGCGGCAUGAAGAUGCUUCCCGGCGUGGGUGUGUUUGGGACCGGCAGCUCCGCCCGUGUUCUGGUCCCACUGCUGCGGGCAGAGGGGUUCACGGUGCAGGCCCUGUGGGGGAAGACCGAGGAGGAGGCCAAGCAGCUCGCUGAGGAGAUGAACAUCGCUUUCUACACCAGCCGGACCGACGACGUCUUGCUGCAUCAAGACGUGGAUCUGGUGUGCAUCAACAUGCCCCCUCCACUCACCCGGCAGAUAUCUGUGAAGGCUCUAGGUAUUGGGAAGAAUGUGGUUUGUGAGAAGGCGGCAACCUCAGUGGAUGCUUUCCGGAUGGUGACAGCCUCACGCUACUACCCUCAGCUGAUGAGCCUUGUGGGGAAUGUGUUGCGCUUCCUGCCUGCCUUUGUGCGCAUGAAGCAGCUGAUCGCCGAGCACUACGUGGGCGCCGUGAUGAUUUGUGACGCCCGCGUCUACUCGGGCAGCCUGCUUAGCCCCAACUAUGGCUGGAUCUGUGAUGAGCUCAUGGGCGGCGGGGGCCUGCACACCAUGGGCACCUACAUUGUGGAUCUGCUGACCCACCUGACCGGCCAGAGAGCCGAGAAGGUCCACGGGCUGCUCAAGACCUUUGUGAGGCAGAAUGCGGCCAUCCGUGGCAUCCGGCACGUCACCAGCGAUGACUUCUGUUUCUUCCAGAUGCUCAUGGGUGGGGGCGUGUGCAGCACAGUAACUCUCAACUUCAACAUGCCAGGCGCCUUUGUGCACGAGGUCAUGGUGGUGGGCUCUGCGGGACGCCUGGUCGCCCGGGGUGCAGACCUUUACGGGCAGAAAAACUCUUCCCCGCACGAGGAGCUGCUGCUGAGGGACUCGCUGGCCGUGGGUGCAGGGCUGCCCGAGCAGGGCGCCCAGGACGUCCCGCUGCUCUACCUGAAGGGCAUGGUCUACAUGGUGCAGGCCCUGCGCCAGUCCUUCCAGGGGCAGGGGGACCGCCGCACGUGGGACCACAGCCCGGUCUCCAUGGCUGCCUCGUUCGAGGACGGGCUAUACAUGCAGAGUGUCGUGGAUGCCAUCAAACGGUCGAGCCGAUCCGGGGAGUGGGAGGCGGUAGACGUGCUGGCAGAGGAGCCCGACGCCAACCAGAACCUGUGUGAGGCGCUCCAGCGAAACAACCUGUGAGCCUGCGCAUGGGCUCCCUGCCGUGGGGCAGAGGACAGGGCAGGACCAGGAGUUGUGAUGGGAGGGCUUCACGGUAGCACAGACGGUAUCUUUCAUUUGAUAGGUCCGCUUGGGCAGAGUUGAAUUCCAGUGAAUUCGAAGGUGGCCCCAGGGAACCCCCCACCCCAGUGCCCACUCUGAGGGCUGGUGAGGGGGUGGCAUUCUGUUGCCAGGGCUGAGAGGCCAGUACACCGCGCAAGGCAGAAGUGUCCCCGGUCUGUGAGCAGGGCUGGCAGAAGCUUGACUGGGGCGCUUCGGCAGCCUGUUUGUGGUUUUAGCCGGAUGAGAAAGCACAGUAAGGAGCCAGCCUGGCUGAUGCCUCAGGCCUGAGAAGUGAUGCGGGGCCUUGUUGCCAUGCCUUCCUGGGCUGGGGCACCUCAGGAAUGGUGAGGGCGGCAGCUCAUCCCUCGGGGAUCCACAUCUGCCCGAUCAGGCCCUUCCGGCCUCCAGGCGGUACCCCUUCCCUGACUGGGAGGGGGUUUCUUUAGCAGGUGAGCUUUCAGGGGCUGAAGUUUCCCCAGGCAGAGGGCCCCUGCUUUGGCAGAGAGAAGCCAAGGGGGAGAGCUCUGGGACAUACGAGAAAUGUUAAUAAAUCAGAAGGUCUGACACUA